UUAUUGACGGAUAUCAACAAGUCAAAGAAAUGCAGUGUAAUAAUUAAAACCAUACAUAUAAAUUAAGGUAUAGUGAAAGUAAAAAAUGGUGAAUCUGCAAUCAUGACAUUCGUAAUAUUCUAAAUUCACAUUGAAAUACAUGAUGGGAUAGUAAAUCAACUUUUCUAAGCGUAGCUCAGUUUUAUGGAAUAGAUUCAAUUGAUUCGAGAUAAUUGAUUUCGUUGUGCCGACGUUUGCUAUAUAAAUUUUUUUGCACAAUGUUUUCAAGAUUUCUCAGACUUGUAAGGUUAAACCGAUUUCAACAGAGAUCAUUAGGUUAUGUCGUAUACGGUCUAAAAAAGGAAUAUGUCAGUUCAAAUAAUUUCAAUGUUUAUACUCCUGUUCCAUUUUAUUUUGCUGCUUUAUGGGGAAUCACAAAGAAAAAGGAUGAUGACAAAUCAUUUACAGCAAAAGAAGUAGUUAUAGCAAAGGCUGAUGCUUUGUUUGAACAAGAGGAGUACAAAGAAAUCUACAGAUUACUUAGUAGCUACAAGGAUAGUAAAGAUGUUGAAAUAUUAUGGAGAUUGAGUCGAGCACUCUACAAAAUGUCAAAGUUGGAAUCAAAAGAUGCUGAAGCAAAAAAGAUGAUCUAUGAAGCAUAUGAUUUAAUAAUUCAUGCCUUAAGCUUAAAAGAUGAUCACUGGGCUGUUCAUAAAUGGGUUGCCAUCUUAUUAAAUACAAAAACAUCUUAUGAAGGAACUAAAGUGAAAAUUAGAGAGUUGCAUAAUAUAAAAAAUCACAUGUUGAAAGCCAUUGAAUUAAAUCCAAAAGAUGCUACAACUCUUUACAUGCUUGGUAAUUGGUGUUAUCAAGUAGCAGAUUUAGCAUGGUAUCAAAGGAAAAUAGCUUCAGCAAUUUUUGGUGAACCACCAACUUCUUCUUUUGAGGAGGCACUUCAGUUUUUCGAACAAGCUGAAAACGUUGAUCCUAAUUUUUAUAGUCACAAUUUACUGAUGCUUGGUAAAACAUAUCUAAAGUUGGAUAAAAAAAAUGAAGCAAUAAAAUAUUUAAAAAUGACCAGCGAAUAUCAAGCAAAAAAUGAUGAUGAUCAAGAAGCUAAACAAGAAGCAGUGACAAUCCUCAACCAUAUCUGACGAUAUGCUUUGCAGUCUUGAUUGACGCUUAUUUGGUCAAUGGACUAAGGGUUGGGUUAGACUUGAAUUUGUGCAGUCUGGAAAACUUGUUACUAAAAAGAUUAUGAAAAUUGUACAGCAAAGUUUCAUCAUAGUAUUUUCAUUUUUCUCUUCCAUACGAUGUGAUAUAUGAAAUAUGUUUGGCAAAAGUUGUUUCAAUUACUUAGAAUGAUAAUAAUUAUAAUUAAGUCAAUUGUAUUUUCUACCUGCUUUACAGUUAAUGUCAAUUAAUAUAUUAAUCGCCGACUGUUUUACCACACAUACAAUGUAAUCAGUAACUUCUGAAAUUAUGAAUGUUCUAUGUGUAAGAGAUAUAUGGAAUGUGUAAUUAAAGGUAGCAAUUUGUUUUUAUACAAUUUUUACAUGGGUUAACAAAGGUGUGAAUUUAGUAGAUAAUGUUAACUAUGAAAAGAUAAUAAAAAUAUUUACA